AUGUCUAAUCUAGAAACCCAACACCACAUCUCCCACUCUGCACCAGAUUCCGCGAGUUCGGCAGCAGAAUAUGGCGUGCGCUCCUUGACAGGCGCCCGGCCACCUGACACUCUUGUUGCGCCCGCCAACUCGGUGACCGAAGAGCUGGAGACAGCAACAGCAGGGCACGACAUAUCAAAGGAGAAGACAGACACAGCGCCGGCAGACUCAAUGCAAGAUCCUGACCGGAUGACGGGCCUGGAAAAAUGGGCAGUUCACGCUUCGGAUUCGCAGUUCAAUGCGCUCGCCGGCGCGGUGGGAGGCUUCAUGUCCGGUGUGGUUACCUGUCCGCUGGACGUCAUAAAGACCAAGUUGCAGGCGCAGGGCGCGGGACAUCAUGUGGGCCAGCCCAGGAUGUACAAUGGCUUGAUAGGCACGGCGAACGUAAUAUGGAGGCAUGAGGGCAUUCGCGGCAUGUAUAGGGGUUUGGGUCCCAUAAUAAUGGGUUACUUGCCCACUUGGGCCGUCUGGUUCACGGUCUAUAACAAGAGCAAGAUAUGGAUAGGCGAAUACACCGACAAACAAGUUGCGAUAAACUUCGGCGCAUCCAUCGUAGCUGGCGGUACCAGUACCAUUGCCACAAAUCCGAUAUGGGUCAUCAAGACCCGACUGAUGUCGCAGUCAGCAUCCCACGACAGUUCUCAGCUCUCGCUUCACCCCAGGGAGUCCAACACGCCCACGGUGCGCCCAUCGAUGCACUCCCCUUGGCACUACAAGUCCACGUUCGAUGCCGCGCGCAAGAUGUACACCACCGAGGGCAUCCUAUCCUUCUACUCCGGAUUGACACCCGCCCUUCUGGGUCUCACUCACGUGGCCGUCCAAUUCCCCGCCUACGAGUUUCUGAAAACCAAGUUUACUGGACAAGGCAUGGGCGGCGCCGCCAGCGAUCAGAACGCCAAGCCAAGCUUUAUGGGCACCUUUGCCGCCUCAGUCCUCUCCAAAAUUUUCGCCAGCAGCGCGACGUAUCCUCAUGAGGUCAUUAGGACGAGAUUGCAGACACAGCGCAAGCCUAUGCCGGGACAGGAGCACUUGCAGGGUUUGGGAGUGGUUUCCAAGAAUGGCGCUGAGUCCAAGCAGCUGGCUCCAUCAGCGCCCAAGUAUAGGGGCGUGAUAACCACCUUCAAGACCAUUCUCAAGGAGGAAGGCUGGAGGGCGUUUUACGCUGGCAUGGGAACCAACAUGAUGAGAGCCGUCCCCGCGGCGACCGUCACCAUGCUCACGUACGAGUACGUCAUGGACAACCUGAAGCAAGCGAGGAAGCACGGAAAGGAGAAGCUGGCCAAGGUUGCGGAAGUAGCGGCUGUGAAGCCUGAGAGUGUUGAGAAGUGUGAAAGGCCUGAGAUUUCCAGUAGCGCUAGCAGCUAG